UAAAGGGCCUCCCGGUGAAAGCAGAAAGCUGUUUAUUUUCUGUGACAUCACUUCACUUUGCCUUCGAAGGCUGGUCUGUGCUCAGUGUUUUCGUGGUGAUGCAAGUCGGCUCUCUCCUCCAGCAGUUGGAUCCCUCCCAUCUCACAGUACCUCACAGGUCUCUUCCCCCGAGCAGUGCAUUGCUGGAGCGAGGAGAAGCUCACGAAUCAGCUGCAGGUCUCUGUUUUGAAAAAGCAGAGAUACAGAGGCAGAGGAAAAGGGUGGACUCCUAUGUGACCUGUUCUUAAAGCAAGACAAUCACCAUCUGAAUUCCAGAAGCCCUGUUCAUGGUUGGGGAUAUUUUCUCGACUGCAUGGAAUCAGAAAGAAGCAAAAGGAUGGGAAAUGCCUGCAUUCCCCUGAAAAGAAUUGCUUAUUUCCUAUGUCUCUUAUCUGCGCUUUUGCUGACUGAGGGGAAGAAACCAGCGAAGCCAAAAUGCCCUGCCGUGUGUACUUGUACCAAAGAUAAUGCUUUAUGUGAGAAUGCCAGAUCCAUUCCACGCACCGUUCCUCCUGAUGUUAUCUCAUUAUCCUUUGUGAGAUCUGGUUUUACUGAAAUCUCAGAAGGGAGUUUUUUAUUCACACCAUCGCUGCAGCUCUUGUUAUUCACAUCGAACUCCUUUGAUGUGAUCAGUGAUGAUGCUUUUAUUGGUCUUCCACAUCUAGAGUAUUUAUUCAUAGAAAACAACAACAUCAAGUCAAUUUCAAGACAUACUUUCCGGGGACUAAAGUCAUUAAUUCACUUGAGCCUUGCAAACAACAAUCUCCAGACACUCCCAAAAGAUAUUUUCAAAGGCCUGGAUUCUUUAACAAAUGUGGACCUGAGGGGUAAUUCAUUUAAUUGUGACUGUAAACUGAAAUGGCUAGUGGAAUGGCUUGGCCAUACCAAUGCAACUGUUGAAGACAUCUACUGCGAAGGCCCCCCAGAAUACAAGAAGCGCAAAAUCAAUAGUCUCUCCUCCAAGGAUUUCGAUUGCAUCAUUACAGAAUUUGCAAAGUCUCAAGACCUGCCUUAUCAAUCAUUGUCCAUAGACACUUUUUCUUAUUUGAAUGAUGAGUAUGUAGUCAUCGCUCAGCCUUUUACUGGAAAAUGCAUUUUCCUUGAAUGGGACCAUGUGGAAAAGACCUUCCGGAAUUAUGACAACAUUACAGGCACAUCCACUGUAGUAUGCAAGCCUAUAGUCAUUGAAACUCAGCUCUAUGUUAUUGUGGCCCAGCUGUUUGGUGGCUCUCACAUCUAUAAGCGAGACAGUUUUGCAAAUAAAUUCAUAAAAAUCCAGGACAUUGAAAUUCUCAAAAUCCGAAAACCCAAUGACAUUGAAACAUUCAAGAUUGAAAACAACUGGUACUUUGUUGUUGCUGACAGUUCAAAAGCUGGUUUUACUACCAUUUACAAAUGGAACGGAAACGGAUUCUACUCCCAUCAAUCCUUACAUGCGUGGUACAGGGACACUGAUGUGGAAUAUCUAGAAAUAGUCAGAACACCUCAGACACUCAGAACGCCUCAUUUAAUUCUGUCUAGUAGUUCCCAGCGUCCUGUAAUUUAUCAGUGGAACAAAGCAACACAAUUAUUCACUAACCAAACUGACAUUCCUAACAUGGAGGAUGUGUAUGCAGUGAAGCACUUCUCAGUGAAAGGGGACGUGUACAUUUGCUUGACAAGAUUCAUUGGUGAUUCCAAAGUCAUGAAAUGGGGAGGCUCCUCGUUCCAGGAUAUUCAGAGGAUGCCAUCGCGAGGAUCCAUGGUGUUCCAGCCUCUGCAGAUAAAUAAUUACCAAUAUGCAAUUCUUGGAAGUGAUUACUCCUUUACUCAAGUGUAUAACUGGGAUGCAGAGAAAGCCAAAUUUGUGAAAUUUCAGGAAUUAAAUGUUCAGGCACCAAGAUCAUUCACACAUGUGUCCAUUAAUAAGCGUAAUUUUCUUUUUGCUUCCAGUUUUAAGGGAAAUACACAGAUUUACAAACAUGUCAUAGUUGACUUAAGCGCAUGAGACACCAAAUUCUGUGGCUGCCAUCAGAAAUUUUCUACAGUACAUGACCCGGAUGAACUCAAUGCAUGAUGACUCUUCUUAUCACACUUGCAAAUGAAUGCCUUUCAAACAUUGAGACUGCUAGAACCAAGCACUACCAGUAUCUCCAUCCUUAACUGUCCAGUCCAGUGAUGUGGGAAGUUACCUUUUAUAAGACAAAAUUUAAUUGUGUAACUGUUCUUUGCAGUGAAGAUGUGUAAAUAAGCGUUUAAUGGUAUCUGUUACUCCAAAAAGAAAUAUUAAUAUGUACUUUUCCAUUUAUUUAUUCAUGUGUUCAGAAACAACUGCCAAAUAAAAUGUUUACAUUUUCUUUCAUAUCCCAAAGGUAAUUA